CUAGUCACUUUUUCAAGUGCAAGGUCGGUUCUGCUCAGCCACAGAAAGAGUUUUUUUUUUUUUUUUUUUUUGCCAGCAAUUAGAAGCCGGUGAAGUUCAGGCGGAUUCGAUUUGAAUGCCCUGUACCUACAAACAGCAGCGAGGGGAACUGAAAGACUGAGCCCUGGCUUCUGACGGUCUGAGCGGGUUGUUCGUAGAAGAGCGCUGUGACUGAAAGGCUGGGCGCAACAGCAGCAUGGCAGCACUCAGAGCCGCAAAACAAGCACUGCGAAUCGAUUUAAAGAAGAGGAUAUCUCGGUUGAGCGACCAAGAGAAACUCCGACAGUCUCAUAUCGUUACUCAGAAGCUCAUCAACCACCCCAAGUAUCAGAGCUGUCAAAGAAUCGCUGUCUUUUUAAGCAUGCAUGAUGAGGUUCAGACUGAGGCGAUCAUUGAGGACAUCUUCCAGAAAGGCAAAGUGUGUUUUAUCCCCAAAUACCAGAAAAAAAGCCGCCACAUGGACAUGGUGAAGCUGACUGCAGCCAGCGAGAUCCACUCCCUACCCCAGACCUCCUGGAACAUCCCCCAGCCCUCUGAGGAGGACCACAGAGAGGAGGCUUUAGAUACAGGAGGUCUUGAUUUGAUCCUCAUGCCUGGCCUGGGAUUUGAUAAGAACGGGAACCGCCUGGGGCGUGGCAAGGGGUACUAUGACACCUACCUGGGGCGCUGUAUGAACCACCCCAAAGGGGAGCCGUACACCAUUGCUCUGGCUUUCAAGGAACAGAUCUGCGAUGCAAUCCCAGUGGCCGACAAUGACAUCCAAAUUGAUGAAAUACUGUAUGAACUCAAAUAAACUGCCCACCAGGAACAACAAAGCAUGGUUCCAAGAAUUCAUCUCACCACAGCGGCGUCCAAGCCUCAUUUAAUUGUCUCCUUCCCUUUACUUCAAAUGUGCCUUGUCCAAUUUAGCAAGCCUGUUUUAAAUGAAAAAUACACACGUAACCAUGGAGACCUUCGUGUUGAAGCGAAAACCUCAGAUGACCUUACAUACAGGACUUGUAUAUUGUAAUUCAUGAAACUAUUAAAAUGAAGACAGUUGCUGCCCAGUUUAAACUACUCUGUCUUUGUAUAGUUUAAUUUAACUGAGGUUUAUCAGUGAAGGUAAUCCAUUUUGAAUUAACUUUUACACUGAAUUUGGUGUAGUUUUACAAUGUGCAGUAUAUUAAGCCAAAGCUCUAUCCAUCAGACUGUUCAGUAAAGCAAUGUUCUACUAGUUAAAUUCUUUGACUAAAAUUUUUUGAGUCAAGGUCGCUAAGAAAUCCAGAUGACUGUUUUAUGAGAAUAAAUAUUUUUAAUGACACUUGAAU